CAUCCCUACUUUUCAAUUAAACGGCAUUUUUGUGCGCGUCACAUUAGAUAUCAAAGUUGUUUUGCUACAUUUCACAAAUAUCUGCCGAUCUUUGUGGACCGUAACAGGCGAUUGCAUAGAAGGACAAUGGAUACACCGCGUCGCAAACUGCGCAACCUGCACAUGGAGAAUGUGCAAAACAAUAGCACACCGAUCCGAAUACCACCAUCACCGAUGCUGAAAACACUUGGUCAUGGCACCGGUGUCAGUGUCUAUCGCCUGGAUAGGUCACCAAAGCUGGGCCGCAUACGUUCACCGUGGGCGGUCAAACGCAUCACACAACGCACCAGGGCCAAAAAGGAUACGCUGUUCAAUGACCGCAUCAUACACGAAGCAGCCAUUUUGCGCAAACUGAACCACCCAAACAUAGUCGGGUUUCGUGGCGUGAUUAAAUCGUCGGAGGGCGUCGAUGCACUGGCCUUGGAAAUGUGCAGCACAUCGCUGGGCUCCAUAUUGGAGGAACGCCACGAUGAGGAUCUCGGACCGCUGCCCGCCAAACAUACAUUCAAAAUGAUCAUGGACAUUGCUCAUGCUCUGGACUUUUUGCACACCGAGGCACGUCUGCUGCACGGCGAUCUGAAGUCCUUCAAUGUCCUGGUCAAGGGCGAAUUCGAGAUCUGUAAAUUAUGUGAUUUUGGCGUUAGCCUGCCUCUGGACGAGAAUGGCGAGAUCAACUUUCACAAGAAUCCCCAGCUGCAAUAUGUGGGCACUCAAUUGUGGUCCCCGCCAGAGAUAAUGGACGAGGUGGAUAUUAUUGAUAGCAAAGCAGAUAUCUUUAGUUUCGGCCUGAUCAUCUAUGAGACACUGGCCCUGGUGCCGCCACACACGCUGGAACUGGACGCCGCCUUCAAUAGCAGCUCCAUCAUUGACUUGGAAAACUCGCAGGAGCAGCGCCGCCAGUUAAACUACACAGAUGAGGGAAACAUGAGCGUCACCGAUCUAGAUGGCAGCGUUAAGGAUGCUAAUGCUGCGGCCGAUGCCCUUGUGGACACCGACGAGGAUGAUACCAAAGAGAAUGACAUCUCCGACUAUUCGCUCAGUCAUGUGGAGCAGGCGUAUGGCACACGACCACCAUUGCCCGUGGCAUUCCAGCUGAGCGACGAUUACAAUUGUGUUGUCGAACUGUUCUACUUGUGCACCAAUGCCCACAGCGAGGAUCGUCCAGCGGCACGCACCAUUUGGCAGUGCUUCGAGAACAAUGCGGCCAAUGUGGUCACAGCCAGUGAUUCAGCCAGCGAUUAAUAUCAUAAUUAUUUGAUAUCAUUUUAAUCUGGCUGCCAAUUAGCAAACUCUAAAUGUUAACUAUAAAAAAAAAAACAUAGUUUAAUAAGCGCUCUAAAUGUAACUAUAUUUGUCUCCCUCUCUAUAGAGAUGGUCCUUUCCUUGUCAUCCACAAACUAACGCACUCCCUCUCUCUCUCUCUCUCUCCACUCUCUCUGUUGGCUUACAUAUUUUUCUUGACCUCAACUUAGUGAUUAAUUUUAAAUUAUGGAAUCAAUUUUGCAUGAGCUUAACCCCCGAUGUAUGUAACUCCUGCUCCUUCUCUCUACCUCUUUCUAUAUGUAUAAUUCCCUCACCCACUUGCUGUAAAAAAAAUGCAUCAACUGCAAAACAUUGACAAAGGCCAAAACAAAAUGAAAACGUGAAUCUGUAUUUACACAUAUUUCAGAAUUAGAUUUUAAGACUCUACAUAUACAUAUAUUAUAAAUAUUCCAUGUAUUCCAUUUACGCUAUAUACAAAAUAGCUAAAAAAAAAAAAAAAAAAAAAAAGAAAAACAAAAACAAAAUAAACCAAUGUUCGUUCAUUUUUGUCCAUAAUUCGCGAAUAAACACAUAACAAAAAUA